AUGAAGCUCUACCAGCUCGUUAUCUCCUUCCUCGGGGUCAGUCUGGCGCUCGCACAACUGAUAGAUCUACCCCAAUGCUCGAUCCAAUGUAUCCUGACAGCCAUGUCCCAGGACGGCUGUUCCUCUCUAACCGACUUUGCCUGCCACUGCCGGCAGCCUUCUCUCGUCACCGAGGUGACUCCUUGCGUGCAGCGAGACUGUAACCUCCAGGACCAGUCCUCCGUCUCAAACGCCGUAACAGCCCAAUGCUCCAGCGUCGGGGUCCCCAUCUCGAUUCCACCCGUCACUACUCCCACCUCGUCCAGCAACCCAACUAGUAUAUCCAACGAACCCGGAACCACCUCCCCAGGGACCGAAACUGAGUCUAUCCCCGUUUACUCUGGCCCUCUCAUGACCAUGCCUGCCACCACUCCCGCGACUACGCCUUCCUCUACCCCGAUCGGCUCGUUGUCGUCUGUGCCAUGCUCGUCGGCUACCACUGAGCCGCUGAACCCGAAUUCGUCUCCACCAGCGUUUCAUGGGGGCGCGGAGUCUUUGCGCUCCAAGGGUGCGUUGGCCGGUGCGGCUGCUGCUGUUGCCGCUGUGUACUUGCUCUAA